AUGAACGAGAAAUCCAUCUCAAAUCUUGACGUUGACUGGUUCGAAGACCAUUUUACGUACUGGAACAGGCUGCCGAUGGAACUAAAACUCAAAGUCGUCCGGAAUCUCCCGUAUCCAACACUAAGGAACUUUAUGUUCCUGAGCAAGGAGUGCAUGAAAGUUUCGUCAUUGCUAAGAGCUUCGGUUUAUGAAGUCGCCCUUGUGGAAGAACCGUACAUGCGCCGUAAUCGUCUUGUGGAAGAAGCGUACGUGCGCCAUAACCGAUCGAGUGUGAGGAAUGGAGCCCAAAACAUGUAUACAUUGUUCACUUAUGGUUAG